CUAGGGCACCUCGCAGCAUGUCGGACACGCCCUUGGUCUGCCUGUUCUUGGCACUGGUCUUGAUCUAUGUGCCUUCGACCAUCAAGGCCAUCUGGAUCAAUCGUAAUGUGGACGGUGGAGUAAACAACAUUCAUCCACGCAAGCAGUUGGAUCUGCUGGCAAGCUGGGGUCUGCGUGCUUACGGCGCGCACCAGAACUCGCUCGAGACCUUUCCAGCGUUUGUGGCUGGCAUCUACGCCGCUCAAGUACAGAACGCAGACGAGACGGCCACCGAUGUCCUGUGCAUCCUCUUUGUCGUCUUCCGUGUCCUCUACAUUAUUGUAUACUUGAUCAACACCAACGCCUGCAUGGCCGCCCUGCGCACCAUUCUCUUCGUUCUCAGCAUGGCCUGCGUUAUUGGCCUCUUCAUUGCCGGCUUUGUCCAGUGAUCAAGCUUUUCCCCCAAGCAUACCCGCAAGUUGCGGGAGAAGAACGCUUGCCUUGGCCAUUGAGCCCUGCCUGAGUUGAAACCCCAUGCAUGUUAUUCACAUGUCAAUUCAUGUUGAGCAU